UUUACCUUUCAAUAGGUUUUUCAUUCACCUUCGCAUUGCUUGUUUCAUUGACGUUUUUCUUGUUUGUAAAUAAUAACCGCUGGAAAUAGUACGCAAUGUGAAAUUACACGCAUUCCUUUAUCGAGUGUUCAUUACGUAAACGGGAGACGUUGCCGUGUAAUUAGUUAAAUGCUAGUUGAAAAUUCAUAACCUCGGUGGUGUUUCGUGAUUCUUGUAAACGAGAAAUGAUAUAAGAAUAAUGCCGCCCUUCCGGAGGAAGAAAGCUGCUAAAUCUUUUCCAGUUAAAGUAUGCACAUUGGAUGCUGAAUUGGAGUUCAACCUCGAGUGGCGAGCUACGGGUCGUGAUUUGUUCGACCUGGUGUGCAGGACAAUUGGCCUACGUGAAACAUGGUUCUUCGGUCUCCAAUUCGAAGACACAAAACAUUUUAUAAGCUGGCUGAAGUUGGACAAGAGAGUACAAGACCAAUGCGUCUCCCAAAUGCCAGGUACUCCCUUCAUGUUACUCUGCAAGUUGUAUCCCGAGGACGUGGCCGAAGAACUGAUCCAAGAGGUCACACAGCACCUGCUGUUCCUCCAGGUGAAGCAGGCGAUAUUAAGCAUGGACAUCUACUGUCCCCCCGAGGCUUCCGUCCUACUGGCCAGUUACGCUGUACAAGCUAAAGCCUAUGUUUUUCAGUAUGGCGACUAUGACGAGAGCGCCUACAAGCCCGGUAUGCUGGCCAGCGAGGAUCUGCUCCCUCAACGGGUCAUAGAUCAGUACCAGAUGACGCCGGAGAUGUGGGAGGACAGGAUCAAGAUUUGGUACGCAGACCACAAAGGGAUGUCGCGUGACGAAGCCGAAAUGGAAUAUCUGAAGAUAGCACAGGACUUAGACAUGUACGGCGUUAACUAUUUCGCCAUCAAAAACAAAAAAGACACGGAACUGUAUCUUGGCGUGACAGCCCUUGGACUGAACAUAUACGAGAAGGACAAUAAGCUCACCCCAAAGACCACCUUCCCGUGGUCCGAAAUAAAGCACAUAUCGUUCGACGAUAAAAAGUUCAUUAUAAAGUUCGUCGACAGAAGCGUCACGAACUUCAUAUUCUUCUCGCCGAAGGGAAUGAACAAGUUGAUACUGGAUCUGUGUAUCGGGAAUCACGAUCUGUAUAUGAGAAGGCGGAAGCCGGACACCAUGGAGGUCCAGCAGAUGAAAGCGCAGGCCAAAGAGGAGAAACAGCGUCGGCAAAUAGAACGCAACAAGCUGUCCCGGGAGAAGCAGCUCCGGGAGGUGGCGGAGCGGGAGCGCGCGGCCAUGGAGCAGCGGCUGCUGCAGUACCAGGAGGAGAUACGGCUCGCCAACGAGGCGCUCCGCCGGUCCGAGGAGACGGCAGAACUAUUAGCUGAGAAAGGUAGAGUAGCAGAGGAAGAAGCGUCUCUACUCGCGCAGAAGGCGGCGGACGCUGAACGAGAGAACGCUAGACUUAGGCUGUCUGCCAUCAAGACUGAAGAGGAAAAGGUACACUUGGAACGCAAGACCCGCGAGGCGGAGUACCUGACGGCGCGGCUGGUCGAGGAGUCGGAGAAAAGGGCCGCCGAAGCCGAGAGACUGAAGGCGGAACUGCUGACCGCCAGAGUGGCGGAGAAACAAGCCAAAGAGAAACUCCUCAACUUCCUCAGCAGGACGUCGACCGGAUCCUUGCCGCAGCAAUUUCCGGCGUCGCCGACGGUCCCGUGCAGCCUGUUCCCGUCCACGUGCUCGCUGCCCGCCGAGCUGGGGGGCGAAGGCCUGCAGAACGGCGCGGCCGGCGCCCCGGAGCCCGAGCUCAACUCCUACCAGCUCGUGCCCGACGAUUCCGACCCGCACAUACACAGGCUCUCGCUGGAAAUCGAAAAGGAGAGGGUGGAGUACCUGGCCAAGUCGAAGCACCUCCAAGCCCAGCUGGAGUCCCUGCGCGGGGAGUUCAGCGUGCUGCGGGGCGAGGGGCGCGGGGAGGGGCGCGGCACGCUGGACCGGCAGCACGCCGCGCGCCCCGACGACAAGUACUCCACGCUGCGCCGCCUGCGGCAGGGCUCCACGGGGCAGCGCCUCGCCUUCUACGAGGAUCUGUGAACGGUAGGGUUGCCACGCCGCCUGCUGUCUGGACGUAGUGCUGAUUGGGCCCAGGACGCCAAUAAAGGGUUCCGUAUGUUGGAAAACAAUUAACGGGAAUAUUACGUUUUUUUUUAUGAAGAAAUGUGCCAUUGACAAACUCUUGGGAGAUGAGAUCGCGCGAGUUGUACCAACAGCAUCCCGAUGAUAAUCCAUAAAUAGUUCAAUUCACAAACGCGACAACUAGAUAGUUUCUAUUUUUCUCAUUUUUUUUUUUAUCUUAAAGUGAUUUUAAAACUAAUGAUAGUUGUACUAGUUAUAAUCUGAACACAACAGCCUUGUUCGUAAGUAAUAAUUGUUCCUAAAUACAUUAUAAUUGUAAUAUAUCAUUAUUUAUUUUUUAUUGCUUUGAUGGGUGGACGAGCUCACAGCCCACCUUGUGUUAAGUGGUUAAGGUCUCAGUAUAGUUAAAACGACAAAAUAUGACUGGUGGUAGGACCUCUUGUGAGUCCGCGCGAGUAGGUACCACCACCCUGCCUAUUUCUGCCGUGAAGCAGUAAUGCGUUUCGGUUUGAAGGGCGGGGUAGCCGUUGUAACUAUAGUCGGAUUUUUUAUUAGACGAAGUCAACUGACGUUUACUGUGUUGUCAGUUUUUGAUGAAAUAAAAAUAGUGUUGUGACAAAGUGAACGAUUGAAAAAACUCCUGAAUUAAUGAAAUUGCCUCGAUUGUCUAGUGAAUAGUUGGUGUGCCGAAUUGCCGAUAUCGGGUACGGGGUUCGAAUUUUAGGCGUGUUUUGUACAUACCAAGGAGUUUUCGACGAAAUAUUAUGUUCCUAUAGUAUCUACCUGUACUGAAUACCAAGUGUUUUAAACAUUAAGAAAAACAUUGCGAGGAAGCUUGUAAGACUGUCUUAUUUCCAAUACAUCAUAUAGUUGAAACUAUAGAUGUAUAAAAUAUAACAAUUAAAGGUAGGUAAUGAAAAUAAAAAAAACUGAUUGUAGUUACAUACUACUAGUAACAUAUAUUGGAGCACUUUAAUACAAUUUUAUUGUAAAAUAUAAAUAAUACUCUUUUAUAGUUUGAAAUUAAUGAUUAACUCUUCACACUCAUUGUUCAUUCAUGUGAUUGAACGAGAACUGAACGCAUCACUAUUACUUUAAAUAUAGCAACAUUAUUUCACAAAGUGACAUUAGCUACUGUCAGCUGGCUUCGUCUAAUUAAAAAUCCGACUAUCUACUGAGACUUUAGAACUCAUAUCUCAAGGUGGGUGGCGGCAUUUACAUUGUAGAUGUAAUUUCGGUUUGUUGGCCGCGGGGAGCGCGUCGCCUUAAAUUAAAUGUGAUUAAAGUAAUAACUGUGCCUUAUUAUAAGAUUAAAUUUAAUGUCAUCGCGAUCGUCGUCUACGUAAAAGAAUAAAGGCACUAAAUUAGAGGCUUAUCAAAAUGUGUUUCUAAAAAUAUAUUAUUAUAUAAUUCAUGAAAUGUUUGUGAUCUCUGCAUUACCAACUUUUGGUAUAUAUACAUAUAAAUAGUAAAUUUCUCAUGGAUAUUUUAUUUUUAUUGCGAUUAUGGUUUUAGUCAAACUCGAUCUUUAAGUAACAUGAUAUUGUUAGGGUAAGUUUUUUAUUUUAUAUAAUUAUCAUAUCGACGGGUGAUGAUAGGCUAUUUUGGUUUAAAGGACAUUUAGCGCGACAUUUAUAUUUGUAAUUGAAGAUCCGUUUUAUUUGGUAUUACCAUAUCAAUAAUUCUAUGUUUUUAAUUGAAUUGAAUAUAAUUGAACUUUGUGCUGUUAAAAGUGAGACCUUACAACUCAUGUCUCAAGGUGGGUGGCGGAAUUUACGUUGUAGAUGUCUAUGGGCUCCGGUUACCACUUAACACCAGGUUGGCCGUGAGCUCGUCGACUCAUCGCAGCAAUAAAAAAACGAACUUCAAUUAUGUUUACCCCAUUCAAAUAUGUAGCUGAAGUUUUAUUUUUGUCAUGAUAUUUUUUCCCAAAUUUUAAACUUUAAAUGGCUCUCAUUCAUGCAAAGUUACAAAAAAAAUUCGGUAACCGUACUCGUCGAACUCGACAAAGAGUUCGACGUGCAACCUAACCCAUGCAACAGCUCGCUGAGUUUCUCGCCGGAUCUUCUCAGCGGGUCGCGAUUCCGAUCCGGUAGUAGAUUCAUUCGCGAAGCAGCUGCUAUUGAAUUGUUAGAUCUCCUUCGGAGGCGUUCGGGCAGCUGUUAGCAAACCCCACACCUCCUGGCUGAGCCUUUGCACACCCACCUGUCCUGGUGAAACUGGAAAGGCCACCGGGCCACCAGUAAUCCUUCAAUCCUAAAAAAAAAGUUACAAAAAUGUCGCUUAAAACGAAUGGCCAUUCACCCCUCGAUAUAUUUAUUACAAUAUAUAUUGAACAAAUUGUAGUAUAAAUAAACGAAUGUAUUGAUCAAGAUUCUUAAAGUUUGUAACAUAAUACAAGUGUUAUUACAAUGAUUAAUUAAUUAUCUUGCCGGCGACAAAAUAUAUCAUGGGCCCACCUAUAAGGCCACAUGUAUAGUCUUCCAUGUUUUUUUGUUUUUUCGAAAUACAGUCAAACCUGGGUAAGUGAGAACUGGAUAAGUGAGAAAACUCUAUAAGUGAGAGUAAUAGCCAGAACCCGUCAUUUUAAGCUCCUAAAACCCCUAUUAGCGAGAAACAGAAACCUUUGUAAGAGAGAGUCGUUCUAUACCUCUAUCUAGCUAUUUCAUCUGUACCUCUAUAAGCGAUAGUCGAGCUUUAUUUAUUUAUAUAUUAUUUAGGAGGAACAAAUGACAAAACAAAUUACAAAUUUAACAUCUCUCACAACUCUCACACUAACUCUCUCUCACUAACAACUCUCGCUUAUCCAGGUUUGACUGUAUCUAGUACUAUAUAUUAUAUUAUCUUAAAAAAACGACGUCUUAAGAAAUUUGAAUGAAUAUUUGUGAAUAAAUAAAAAUAUACAUAGUACAUAAUAUAAUUAUCGAGGGAUGAAAUGCGAGGGAUGCUUUUUGGUUACAUUUAUCUUUGUAAUUAAAGGUGCGUUUUAUUUGGUAUUAGCAUCAACAGUUCAAUGUUUUUAUAGUAAUUGAACUUCUAUUAAUUUUACUGCCUUCAAAUAGCUGAAGUUUUUUUGUUAUUAUAUUUUUUUUCAAAAUUUGAAACUUAAAUGGUUCUUCUGUAAAUUCCAAAAAUGCCGCUUAAAGGAAAUAGCCUUUCACCACUCGACAUUAUCGAUGAUCGUUUGUAUUACCCACAAAUGACGUCAUAUCUAUUGAAAGGGCCAAUCGACUCUCUUUCCUCAAUGUAUAUAAAUAAAAAUCAAUGUUCAGAUGGAUGUGUCUGUACCGAUGCGUUCCUGAUCAUUCAUAUGAUUGUGUUUCGUCUGCAAGUAGCUUCAGAAAUACAAGAUACAUAUCGUCACUGUCAAACCAAAAUCUGCUAUUUGCAAAAACUAUUUUUAAUUAACAAGUGAAAACAUUUUCGUAUAAAAUUUUAUAUAUUAUGAAGAUGAUUUUUUAAGAACUAUAUUAAAUGAAAGCUAUAGAUAAAUAUUAAAGCUAUAGACACAUAACAGUUUUUUUAUACGGUAGAUAUAGGGCUGUCAACUAUACGAAAAGGUCAAAAAGUAAAAAUCUCAAAAAGUGCACAUAGCAGAUUUUGAUUUGAUGACGAUAUAAAUAUUUCAAUUAGUACAUAAAAUUAUGUACGUACUCCCGUGUUUAUGAUUUUAAAAUUUAAAUAGAACAACUCGUACGUAAUUAAAGAAAAAUAUAUUUGUAAAUAUAAUUAAAUUAAUAAAAUAAAUGAUUUAAUAAUGUGUUAUAAAUUAUAUAACAAUUGUCUAAAGUACACAUUAAAGUGCCUAAUACACAUGUAACUUGUGAUGUAAUUAUUUAAUUUAUACAAUUUUUAAUUGUAUUUUGUAAAUAUAUUUAUAGAGAAAUUUUGAA